AAAAAUCUUUUUGUGCCUGCCCCCACCCGAAGGGUGGAGGAGGAGGAGCUGUGCAGGCUGCCGCAUUAGCGGCGGCGGCAGCGGUGCUGCAUGGACCAUGCCGUGAAGGCAACGCGUGGCCGCCCGCUCAAUACGCUCCGCUUCGAGAACGAUGAGCUCGAGUGCCUCUAUCAGCGGUACACGCUUAAGCUGCAGCGCUUCUCGGUGCUCGGUGUCGUUGCACUCGUUGUGGUGUUGUGCGGAGUGAUGGCGGCCCUCUCGCUGGCCUUCAACAAUGCAGCCACCUUUCAUAACAUCUUCAAUUCGAUCGUUUGCCUGCUGUUCGCCGUGGUGCUGAUUCUGCUGCAAUGUUCGGUGAUCAAGGAUCACCAUUUGCCGACACUAUGCUACGGGAUUCUACUGUUUACGGCCAGCAUUUGUGUGGUUUCGAUGCCGACGCUGGGCAGCGUCUUUCCAGUGGACACCAAGGAGGUGAUGGCCGAGGGCGUCUGGCAGAUUGUAUUCGUUGUGUUUCUGGCCUACGCCAUGAUGCCGCUGCAGAUAUGGGAGGCUGUGGCCUUCGGCAUCACAUUGCCCUCGGUGCACAUCAGCCUCACCGUCUAUAAGAUUUUCACGGAUGCCCUGCGUUAUCUGGAGUACAACCAGCUGAUUGCGAAUAUUGUCAUCUUCAUUGGCGUGAAUGUGGCGGGGCUGGUGGUCAACAUUAUGAUGGAGCGUGCCCAGCGAAGGACCUUCCUGGAUACGCGCAACUGCAUCGCCUCUCGUCUGGAGAUCCAGGACGAGAACGAGAAGCUGGAGCGAUUGCUACUCUCUGUCCUGCCCCAGCAUGUUGCCAUGCAGAUGAAGAACGACAUCCUCUCGCCAGUGGCCGGACAAUUUCAUCGCAUCUACAUCCAGAAGCAUGAGAAUGUCAGCAUUCUCUUUGCGGACAUUGUGGGCUUCACGGUGCUCUCUUCGCAGUGCAGUGCCCAGGAGUUGGUGCGGUUGCUCAAUGAGCUAUUUGGACGAUUCGAUCAGUUGGCACAUGAUAAUCAUUGUCUGCGCAUUAAGAUAUUGGGCGAUUGCUAUUAUUGUGUUUCGGGUUUGCCAGAACCCCGCAAGGAUCAUGCAAAAUGUGCCGUGGAAAUGGGACUCGAUAUGAUCGAUGCCAUUGCCACUGUCGUCGAGGCCACCGAUGUCAUACUCAAUAUGCGCGUGGGCAUUCACACGGGCCGCGUGCUGUGCGGCGUUCUGGGCCUACGCAAGUGGCAGUUCGAUGUGUGGUCGAACGAUGUGACCCUGGCGAAUCAUAUGGAAUCGGGCGGUGAACCAGGACGAGUGCAUGUCACACGCGCCACCCUCGAUUCGCUGUCGGGCGAGUACGAAGUGGAGGCCGGACACGGCGACGAGCGAUCGUCGUAUCUGCGCGAUCAUGGAGUGGAUACGUUCUUUAUAGUGCCACCACCGCAUCGUCGCAAGCCCCUAAUGCUCAACACUCUGGGCGUACGCUCGGCGAUUGGCAGCAGGCGCAAGCUGUCAUUCCGGAAUGUCUCGAAUGUGGUCAUGCAACUGCUGCACACGAUCAAGUUCUCGGAGCCAGUGCCGUUCUCGAAUAUUGCCACCGGUUCGUUUCCGUCGGCGGCCAAUGCAUUGGUGGGCGGCGCCGGUGUGGGUCUGGGCGUUGGUCUCAGCGUGGCACGUGGCAGCACCUGUGAGGCAACCAGUGGCGGCGGCGUCGGCGGCAGUGUACAGGCCGUAUCGGAGAAGGGUUCACGCAAGGUAAUACGCCUGCAGAAAAUCUUGCAUGCCACACCGCCACCGCACGCUCAUGGCAUGCCACCCAUGGGUUAUGGUAGCGUCGUCGGCAGUGGUGGUGUCGGCGGUGCUGGUGGUGUCGGCGGUGGUGGUGGUGGUGUCGGUAUUGACGGUGGCAGUGUCGGCUGUGGCAAUGGCAGUGGCUGCGUUGGGGGCAGUGGCAGUGUCCAAGUGACCGUAGGCACAGAUCCCAACUCAACAGCGAGUACGAUUAGUCGCAUUCAUAGGCACAAUCACAAGAACAAUAAAUCACAGUCCAAGGUGGCGGACAAAUUCAAGCGACCUUUCCGCAAACGGCAUUCAGUGGCAGCGCAUCAUCAGCCAACGAAUCGUGUGAAUCGUUUCCUCUCGCAGGCGAUCAACGCCAGAUCCGUGGACUGCGACAAGUCGGAGCAUGUGGACCGAUUGACGUUGCGUUUCCGCCAGAGCGACAUGGAGCGGGAGUAUCACAAGGAUUUCGAUUUGGGCUUCACCACCGCCAUGGGCUGUUCGCUGCUGUUGCUCAUACUCGGUGCGGCGCUGCAGGUGACCGCCCUGCCACGGACACUCAUACUGCUGCUGCUCUUUCUCACGGCCUUCAUUUGGGUGAGCGCCAUACUGAUGCUGCUGCUGGCCGUGCGCCUCAAGUGGAUCAUUUGGGACAUUUCGGAGAGCUUCAGCCUGCGCAUGGCCAUCACCAUAUUUACAAUAAUCUUAAUCUAUUCGGUGGGACAAGUGAAUGUGUUUACUUGCGUCACGGAUCAUCCCUGUUCGGGCAAUGCCACGGCCACGGCCUGGUCGUCGAGCCGCCAAUUGGAUCCGCACUUUUUCUCAUAUCCCAGCGAUGCCCAUCGCAAGUGCUCGCUGCCACAGUACGUGUCAUUGUCGGCGGCAUUUGCCUUCCUCUCAGUGUCGGUGUUUCUCAGAUUGCCCAUCAUAUUCAAGUCGCUGCUGGUGCUGGGCAUGGGCACCAUUUAUGGUUUAUUUAUUGAGCUGUCGCAUCAGAACAUCUUCGAGUGCUACGACCAUCGGGUGAACGCAUCGAUUCCGCUCCAUUUGAUCUCAUUGGCGCGCAUUGUCAUCUUUAUGAUUGCCAUUUUGGUGCAUGGCCGACUGGUUGAGGGCACCGCCCGUCUCGAUUUUCUAUGGCAACUGCAGGCCUCACAGGAGAAGAAGGAAAUGGAUGUGCUGCAGGAGUCGAAUAAGCGCAUUCUGCACAAUUUGCUGCCCGCUCAUGUGGCUGCACAUUUCCUCGAUGCACAAUUCCGCAACAAUAUGGAGCUUUACCAUCAGAGCUACGCCAAGGUGGGCGUCAUCUUUGCCAGCGUACCGAACUUCAAUGAAUUCUACACCGAAAUGGAUGGCUCCGAUCAGGGUCUGGAGUGUCUGCGUUUGCUCAACGAAAUCAUUGCCGACUUUGAUGAGCUGCUCAAGGAGGAUCGCUUUCGGGGCAUCGAUAAGAUCAAGACCGUGGGCAGCACCUACAUGGCCGUUGUGGGUCUCAUACCCGAGUUCAAGAUCCAGCCCAACGAUCCCAAUUCGGUGCGUCGCCACAUGACCGCAUUGACCGAAUACGUGAAGGCCAUGCGGCUGUCGCUGCAGGAGAUCAACAGUCACUCGUACAAUAAUUUUAUGCUUCGAGUGGGCAUCAACAUUGGUCCUGUGGUGGCGGGUGUGAUCGGUGCCCGAAAGCCGCAAUACGACAUCUGGGGCAAUACGGUGAAUGUGGCCAGCCGCAUGGACUCCACGGGUGUGCCCGGCUACUCGCAGGUCACCCAGGAGGUGGUCGACAGUCUGGUGGGAUCGCACUUUGAGUUUCGCUGCCGGGGGACCAUCAAAGUGAAGGGCAAGGGCGACAUGGUCACGUAUUUCCUGUGCGACAAUAGCAGCAAAUCACUGAAUGGAGAGGUGCGGAAUGCCAUGUCGCUGCCGCAGAGCAUGCACGGACCGGACUACUACAUGAAGGCCUCACAAUUCCCGGAGAAUCGCGUCAAUACGGACACCUACAGCAAGAAGGAGAACGGCCAUCUAUACACUGCGGUGGGCGGCGGCAGCGGUGGCGGUGGCGAGGAGCAGCAGCUGCUAUUGCAGCAUCAGCACAAGCAGCUGGAACCACUGCCGCUGCCAAUGCCAAUGCCGUUGGCGCUGCCCGCUCCACCACCGCCGCACCAUUUGCACCAGCAGCAACAGCAGCGUCUCAACAGUAAGCUGCAAAAGCAGCCGAACUUUAUGGCCAAUGGGGGAUUGCCGAAUAUACGCGAGAAUGGCCAUAAUGGGGAGCACCACCACCAACACUACAUGGUGGGGGCGACGUCAACGGCGACAACAACAACAACAACAACACCGUCAUCUGCUGCUGUCCCUCUACCCCUGGCUGUGGCAGCCCAUAACCAGCACCAGAUCCUACUCCAGCACCAGAUCCAACACCAGAUCCAGAUCCAGCACCAGCACCAGCUCCAGCACCAGCCCAUUCCUUCGGUAAUGUUGCGCGAAUUUAAUAUCAUUGAGAAUCCGAAUCCCGGUGGCAGGCAUCCGCAUACCCAGCAGCAGCAUUCCCAGCAUCAGCAGCAUCAGCUGAUGGAGCAGCUACCACCGCAGCUUCUUGCCCAGCGGCCACAGCAUCAUGGCAGCCUGAGCAUGGAUGUGGCUGGAGUGCUCGGUGGUGGUGGUGGCGGCGGUGGCGGCGGUGUCGGCGACUGCUUCAUGAUGCCGCGGCGUGAUCGUGAUCGCGAACGCGAACGCGAACUAGAUCGUGAUCAGCUUCAGCUGCGCACAUAUGCGCCGCCGCCCAGCAUGGCGUUGCCCUUUAACCAGCAUGGCCAUCAUCCAAUGCAUCAUCUCCAUUCGAAUCCGCAUCAGAAUCAGAAUCAAAAUCAGCAUCAGCCAUCGUCAGCCACCAGCCUGGGGUAUGGCCACUGCCGUGAGAGCGAGCCGCUAUUGCAUGCCAGCAGCGUCGCGCCGGUAGCCAAGAUCAUGCCCAUGCAGCAUGCGCCAAAGUACGAGCCACCACGUUACACUUCUCCCAACACCGUGUUGUCACAGCAUCCGCAACAGCAGCAGUCGCUUCCUGCCCCCCAGCAGCAGCUGUAUGGACACCAAAUGCUGCAACAUCAUCAGCAGUAUGCCAUGUACUCGCAACAGUUGCCGGUGGCGAUGCCAGUGCCAGUGCCAGUGCCACUGCCACCGAAGCCCACGCUGCGCACGUACAUGAAGCCGCUGCCCAAGCU